UACCGCUCAGAAGGAUGAGUGUCCAAUCGGCCCUCUUACCAUUACUGGUCUUAGGACUUAUGACGAGCUCAGUGCGCUGCGCUCCGGUGCCCGGUGGGCAGAGCGGCCCCGUGGAGCGGCGCUGGGAGACUCUCUACUCGCGCUCUCUGGCCCGAAUCCCCGGGGAAAAGAGAGAUACCAGCCGGGACAGUGAUUAUCUCACGGGCAUUAAAAGACUGCGACGUCUCUACUGCAAUGUUGGCAUUGGGUUUCAUCUCCAAGUAUUACCGGAUGGUAGAAUUACCGGCGUGCACAACGAAAACCGCUACAGUCUUCUUGAGAUAUCUCCGGUGGAGAGGGGAGUUGUGACACUGUUUGGCGUCCGGAGCGGGCUAUUCGUGGCCAUGAACAGCAAAGGGAAGCUUUACGGAUCUGGGCAGUUCAAAGAUGAAUGCAAGUUCAGAGAAAACCUCCUUGCGAAUAACUACAAUGCGUACGAAUCGCUGGCACAUCCCGGGAUGUACAUCGCUCUAAGUAAGACUGGCAAAACAAAAAAAGGAAAUCGAGUAUCAACAUCCAUGACGAUGACACAUUUCUUGCCGAGAAUUUGAGCUCAUCUGGAGGGGCGGAGGAACGACGAUGCACUUUCUACAAAAGUUACGUGUGAGGUUAAGUGUAUCGUGUCAUGUAUGUAUAUAUUAGACUAUUUAUAACUGUCGAUUUUAUAUUUCAUCACAACGUCCUCUUUCCGAGGUGGAAGACAACAUUUAAUUUAUUUGUUAUUUGUUAAUUUAUCCUCAUUGCUGCUACCACGUGUUCAUACAAUUGAAAU